UCCUGGCAGGAAGUCGCAGCGUGAACGAGCGGAAAAGCAGAAAAUACACAACGAAGAUGGCGGCGCCCGGCGGAGAAGCGCAGACCACCGCACACGUGGGGAAAAGGAGAAAGCGUCCCCGACGUUAUUGGGAGCAAACGAGUAAAAAGUACAACAGCGGAGGAAAAAGCAGCGAUGGAGCAAAGCAGAAGGCCAAAAAGAGACGCGGUGACCGGCGAAAGAAGAGGAAGGGAGGUCUGAGCGGAGAGGUCGAGUCAGAGGAUCCGAAACUUUGUGAGCAAACGCAGGAGACGGGUAAAAAGGACAACAGUGGAGAAAAAAGCAGCGAUGGGCCAAAGCAGAAGGCCAAGAGGAGACGGGUUGAUCGGCGAAAGAAGAGGAAAGGAAAUCUAACUGUAAAGGUCGUUUCAGAGGAUACAAGUAAAAAGGACAAUGACGGAGAAAAAAGCGUCGAUGGGACAAAGGACACAGCCGAUGAAAAUGCCACAAAGAGAAGUGAUGCAAAGUUCAUAUCAGGGAAAGUGGAUCCUUUCCCUGGUGAGGCACCUAUCCCAGAGGAGCGGCUGAGGAAGUUUCAGAGAGGAAAUAAAUUUGUAGUGCCUGAAGAGAUUCGAUCAAAGUUGAAAGACACCCUCGCCAAGUCUCAAGAAGCCGCUGACCUUGCUCAGACACAGGCUGCACGAUAUGAUCUCCUGCUCACAGAGGAUGCUGGGUUUCUAGAAGGAGAUGAGGGUGAAGACACGUGUACCAUCUCACAGGACGACAUAGCAGAAGCUGUGGACAUCACUUCUGGAUCGAAGUAUUUUAACCUGCGUCUGACCCAGUUUGGACCAUACAGACUAGAUUACAGCAGGACUGGCCGGCAUUUGUUACUAGCUGGAAGGAGAGGUCAUGUGACAUGCAUAGAAUGGCAGACCAAAAACCUUAUGUGUGAGAUGAAUGUCAUGGAAACGGUCAAGGAUAUCAAGUGGCUCCACUCUGAGGCCAUGUUUGCUGUAGCUCAGAAGAAAUGGCUGUACAUCUACGACUCCAACGGCACAGAGUUGCACUGCAUCAAAAAAUUUAAUGAUGUGCUGCGCAUGCAGUUCCUCCCUUACCACUUUCUGCUUGCCACAGCGAGUGCUACAGGUUUCUUGCAGUAUCUGGACGUGUCUGUUGGGAAGGAGGUGGCAGCCAUCAACACAAAGUUAGGGCGACUUGAUGUGAUGGCACAGAACCCCUACAAUGCUGUUAUUCACCUUGGCCACCCCAAUGGUACGGUCAGCCUGUGGUCACCCAACCAGAAAGAGCCACUCGUUAAAAUGCUUUGUCAUCGGGGUGGUGUCCGUUCCCUCACAGUGGACAGAACUGGCACGUAUAUGGUGACGUCAGGACUGGACAGGAAACUGAAAGUCUAUGACAUCAGAGCGUUUAAACCGCUUAAUUCCUAUUUCCUGCCUGCUGGAGCCUCCUGCCUCUCCCUCAGCCAGAGAGGACUGCUCAGUGCUUCUACUGGAGAUAUUGUACAGGUGUACCGUGAUGUUUGGGGAAGUGGUCCAAUGACAAAGCCCUACAUGGCCCAUCGGGUGAGAGGGACAGUGUGGGGAGUUGGGUACUGCCCCUUCGAGGAUGUGCUGGGUGUUGGACAUGCAGAAGGAUUUACCAGUAUGAUUGUGCCAGGUGCUGGUGAGCCAAACUUCGAUGCUCUGGAUAUGAACCCGUACCGCAGCACCAAGCAGAGGCAAGAAUGGGAGGUCAAGGCUCUGCUGGAGAAGGUGCAGCCCGAGCUGAUCAGCUUGGACCCAGGGCUGCUGGGUAAAGUGGACAAGGCCACCUUUGAGCAGAAACAUAAGGAGAGAGUGGAGACGUUGGGUUAUGACCCGUUAGCAGUUGAAAAGUUCAAGCCAAGAAUGAGGAAAAGAGGCAGGAGUGCAGCUGGUGCGGUGGAGAAGAGGAAGAAGAAAGUCGCCCAUGAGGAUCAGAGGGAUGUGAUUCGGAAGUCAGUGAAAGAGAGAAUGGAGAAGGAGAAGGAGAAGAAGAGGAAAGACAGCGCUAAGGAACAGCUCGGAGAGAAGACGGCUCUGGAUCGAUUCAAAAAGUAGGCCAAGCAGCACUGGGUUGCAGAAGGCAUGCUGAUGUUGACUGACCUCUGGGAGGGGAUAAAAGACUGACUCACAAAGGGGACCUUUCAGUCAUUUUCAGGGACACUCGUUGGGACUUGCUGUUCUGUUUGGAGUGUUGGGAUGAUUCACCCCAAAAGCAGCCCAACCCCUGGUUUUUGUGUGAGCUGUUUAUAGUAAUGUUAUAAAUCUUCUUUACUUUGAAUUUGUACUAAACAGUAAAAAGUGUAAUAAAUUCAUACAUCACCAAAAA